AUGCGAAGUGCAAGAUAUGCCAACUCUCGGCAAAAGGCAUGCCAGCAAUGUUCAAGUGCAAAAGCAAAGUGCGAUCGCAAAGACGGAUGCUGUACAAGAUGCUCACAACGCAGCUUAAUAUGCACAUAUCACCAUGAUGCGCGCCCGGUGGCUUCUGCAUCACCGCAGGGCGGUAGCUUUGUCAGAGACGUAAUGCCUCGCAGCCCGAUCAGCUUGACCAAUAAUUUGGAAUCGAAUCGUAGCCAAGGCGACGUGAAUUUCUGGACAUCAACUAUGCAAUACACGCCUGAGAUAGCACCUUCACGAUCGAGCACGUCCAUCAACUCAUUCAGUGAUAUUCGCUCAUCUGACAACGAUGAACGGGACACAGCCGAAGCCUUCGACUUCUCGGGACUCCGCCUUUUCUGUCCGAUUGAUGUCAAUGAAAUCAGCACUCGAUGGAUGAAUCCCUACAUACCAGAUCCAGAGAAAACAGCCAAGAACUAUCCCCCAAACGUGAUAGCCUUCAUCUCGCGGAUCCUAAAGUCGUACGCAUCCAUGGCCAUGCGAGGGCGAGAACCGCCAUUCGUCCAUGCAUCACAAAGGAAAGAUGCGCGAUCCAACGCGCCGAUGGCAACAUGUCUGAGUUUGGUUCGGAUCUGCCAAGAUCCGCUACCAGGCAGCGAAAGCGUUGCGGUGGCGGUUCUUCAACGCGAGAUGGAAACUAUCGCGAAGACGCAAUGUGCCGAUGAUACCGAUUUGCUGUCACUGGCGACAUUUCAGGCUUAUUUGAUCUACGCCCUCGUUCUAUUUUUCGGGCUUGGACAAGGUCUCGGCCCUCUUCGAGAAACUAUCAUUCCUUUGCAGGCACUUGCACACCGUGCUUGUGGACGGGGGAUUGUAUGUGUUGCCGAUCAAACGCGUACACGUCCCAAAUGGGAGGAGUGGAUCGUGGCCGAAGCCAAGAGAAGGACGUUGUAUGUCAUGUAUCUCUUUGACAGCAUACUCUGCGCUCAAGAGGGCCUUCCUGUCUUCCUUGGGAGUGAGUUGCAAGGGCUUCCUGCGCCGGGGAGUAGGUCGCAAUGGCAUGUCCAGGAUCGAGCUGACUGGGAGAGAGCCUUCAAUCUACAUCUCGCGGAAUGGGCUGAAGAAUACCUAACUAUCGAUGAGCUUUGGCCCAUUCCAAUAGGAUUCGAUGGCCAUGAUAUUUCUAGGCGCCAGAAGAGAGUAGAUCGCUGGCUUAUGGAUGUCGACGAGUUUGGGACUAUGCUUUUCACAGUCACGGCCUGCACGCAUGGGACUUGA